AUGGAUAAUUGUUUUUCUUCGAAUUUGAAUGUUCGAAGUUCUGGAUUUCUGAUGUACGUUGUCGAUCCAAAUUUUAUAAAUAUUAGAAAAUAUAUAACCUCUAAGACUGCUACCUUAAGUAAUAAGAGUGACAAAGAAACAUUUAGAGAAGUAUGUAGACAUUUGAGUAAAUAUCUAAUUGAAAACAAGUCCCCCCCAUCAUAUUAUAGUUCUUUUAAAGCUACAUGGGAAGGGGCAAUAAAAAAUUGGGUAAGAUCUCACUAUGUAAAUGUUGAUAUACUUGGAAAAUGUCCUGUUGUUAUGAAUGAAAGUGAUAUGAAACUUUUAGAAUUAAAAUAUGAAGAAGAAGAUUUUUGUGAAAAAAGAAAUACUUAUCUUACUGAAAUAAAACAGCUAAAACGUAGAAUUUCAAAGACGUGUGAUAAUAAAUAUUUACAAAAAUGCAUCGAUUACAGCGGUUGGAUUGAUGUGAUGAAGAAUUAUUUUGAGACAAGGUCAAACACCAUUAAUCAUUGUUAUAGUAAAGAGCCAAUAAAAAGAAGUAGAGGAAAACCUAAAGAACCAUUAUGUCACAUACUGAACGAAGAAACAUUCAAAAAACCAUCUGAUUGCUUAUCCAUGGAUCAAAUUCCAACUUGCAAAAAGUUAGAAGAAAAAAAAAAAGAAAUUUUACAAGGAGAUCAAAAAACAGAUGAAGCGCCACCUAAACCUGAAGAUCCAUCGGAACAAGUCGUUCAAACUUUACAAGGAGAGGAAACUCAAAGUGCACCAAAUCCUAGAGAUAAAAGUAAAGAAGCUGAAGCUAUGCUAACUAAUCAAGGUCCAAUAGAAUUAACAACAACAAAAGCUAAUGAUAAUGAUACAGUAUUACCAGGCGUUAUUAUAUCACCAAAUUCAGAUUCUAAAAUGUCACCAGAAGUACAACCUCCCGAAAAGCAUGCAUUAAAUGCCGAAUUAUCAAUUGUACCUCUACGUUAUGCUAAUUCCCCAGAAACCCCUAAAAUUUCAAGGUUGUUUAAAAAAAAAAAAAAGAUAAAAAGAAGACCUGUGAAAUUUCUGAGAAUAUUAAAUCCUUUACUUUCUUGGAAAAAAAGUGAGUUCUUAGCACACGAUCAUUUAAAAAACUUAAAAUACGAUAGCGAAAAAACCAUUAAAAAUAUAAUAAUAAAUGAACAUAACAUGAAUAAUAAAGUACACGUGUCAAACCGAAAAAAGGAUAGGUACAAAACCAUCAUAGAAGUACAUAUGGAAGUACUCGAAGAAUACAGAAAUACAAAAUGGGAAUACAAAAAAGAAGAAUUUUUAGAAAUAUGCCUAGAAAUGUUAGCAAAAGAAGAAUAUACAGUAUAUACUAAUUUGACCAAUGACGAACUAAUAAUUGAAGAUGAUAAAACUGUCAGUUGCAAAGAAAAACAAAAAAUAAUAUGGAAUAAAUGGAUAGAAAGACAUAGAAAUCUUUCUGAAAAAUUGAAAAAAGUACAUUGUUUUAAUAAUUUAAAAAAUGAUUGGAAAAGGGAACUAGCUAACUUAAAAAAAAGAGAAGAAUUAAAAAAUGAUCCUGAUGAAAUUCAAAAUAUUCCAUUUUCACAAAGAGAAAAAGAUAUAUGGAGACAGUGGAUAUCAGAGAAGUGUAUAAUUAUUAAGCAAUAUAUUGAACAGGACUUACUUAACUAUUUAACUGAUGAACUCCAGAUUAUACCAGAUGAUUAUGAUAAUGAAAAAAUUAAAGAUUCUUUGCCAUUAAUUAAUAUAGGAGAAUUAUCGAACAAAGAAGACUACCAAGAAUUAUAUAAAUAUAUAAAAAAAAAAUUAUUAACAAAACUAUGUAUACUCGUUCUUAUGUCAGUAUUAGAAGAAUGCAAAAAAGAGCAGGACAUUGAAAAUAAUGAAUCACAUUUGGAUAAUUACAUAAUUGAAUUCAAGGAAAAAGAAAAUUCAGACAGUAAAAAAGAAUUUAUAGAAAACAUAAGUGAAUUUAACCGAGAUUUUUUGGAAAAUACGGAAAAUCAUGAUUAUAAAACGGAAGAUAUCUUUAAAAAAGAGUUAGAAUGUUGGAUAAGAGAAGAUAAUACAUAUGAAUAUUCUAUGGAAAAAUAA